AUGUUUUUUCAGGAUAAGAAUAACAGCUACAAUGGUGGUGUGGCUACAAAAGCCACACCACCAAAGGCCACACCACCAAAGGCCACACCACCAACCACACCACCACCAAAGGCCCCACCACCAAAGGCCCCACCACCAAAGGCCCCACCACCAAAGGCCACACCACCACCAAAGGCCCCACCACCAAACCCACACCACCAAAGGCCCCACCUCCAGCCCCACUACCACCAAAGGCCCCACUACCAAAGACGACUUAAAGGCACAGGCGUCGGACCGCAAGCACAUCGAGGAACGACCUCUGCUCUCCCCGCCACGACCUCGUCAGCGUGA